CCUCAGAUUCUGUGGAUCGCACACUUCCCUUAACUCUUCCGCCCACAGCUACGAACAAAACACCCACAGCUUGUUUCCUCCACACGAUCACAAAACGCCACAAAACAACUGUUCUAUCGUCAUCACGCUAUUAUGCUCAUUCCAGGUUCCAAUUAGCGACAGUUCAAUGGACAUUCCGAUGUUUUCUCGACUUCCAACCACCAACGCAACCCCAACAACUUCUGUUUAUUGUUGUAACAAACUUAUUGUCGGGUUGCCGGAUAUAUAUAACAAACGAAGAAAUGCUACAGGAAGAAGGAUGAGAGUGAGAGCUGGGGUUGAGAGAAAUGGUGGUGAUGGGAUUGAUGCUACAGAGAGGAAGAAUGCGGGUGUUGGUGCGGGUGCGGGUGCGGGUGCGGGUAGUGGGUUUUCGGGUUCUACUAUGGAGGUGACUACAUUUAACCAGAGCUUUCCGGAUACGGAGUUUCCGGUUUGGGAUAAGAUUGGGGCGGUUGUUAGACUCAGCUAUGGAAUUGGCAUCUAUGGGGCGAUGGGUUUGGUAGGAAACUUUAUAUGCUCAACAACAGGAAUCGAUAGUACAGGAGGAUACUCGCCGUCUUUAGAUGCCAUUGUGCAAGGACUCGGAUAUGCUGCUCCACCAAUAAUGGCUCUUCUAUUUAUACUAGACGAUGAAGUUGUGAAAGUGUCCCCUCAUGCUCGUGCAAUACGGGAUGUAGAAGAUGAGGAGUUACGAAGUUUUUUCUAUGGAAUGUCUCCAUGGCAGUUUAUAAUGAUAGUUGCAGCAAGCUCAGUUGGUGAGGAGCUAUUUUACCGCGCUGCUGUUCAGGGUGCAUUAGCGGAGGUGUUUUUGAGGUGGAACGAUCUAGUCACGAAUGCAUCCGGAAUGGCUGCACUGACCGGGGUGCUGCCUCCAUAUGUGCCAUUUGCUCAAGCGUUUGCAGCGGUUAUCACAGCUGCACUUACGGGAUCACUUUAUUAUGUGGCUGCAUCUCCAAAAGAUCCUACUUAUGUUGUAGCACCCGUUUUGACUUCACGUUCUGGUCGUCAAGAAAUGAAGAAGCUUUUUGCAGCCUGGUAUGAAAGGAGACAAAUGAAGAAGAUAUAUUCUCCAUUACUUGAAGGUCUUCUAGCUCUUUACCUUGGAUUUGAAUGGAAUCAGACGAACAACAUUUUAGCGCCGAUUAUCACACACGGGAUUUACUCUGCAACGAUUCUGGGGCAUGGGCUUUGGAAGAUUCAUGAUCAUCGAAGAAGAUUACGCCAGCGAGUUCAGAAGCUUAAUCUUGAAGAAAAUAACUCAAGAGUAGAUUAAUAAUAGGCCUAAGGUUAUGGUAUUAGUGGUUUUGGGCUCUUAAGGGCCUGUUUUUCAGUUGUGGACCUGGAUAUAGGGUUAAGCCCAUAUCUAGAUACAUAUAUCUUUUUGGGAUGAAA